AUGGAGCUUUCCUCGUUGCCUCACAGUCCAACUGAAGACGAUGGCAAAACUGCUUCAUCUCAGGCUGGUGCACCUUCAGACGAUGUGAAGUUCUUCACACCAAGGAACGAUUGUCUCUCUAAUGUCAAUACGUUCGACCCAGCCGCCAUGAGCUUGCAGGGUCAGUCGAGCAGGGACAACAAACGAAAGGCUGCUCAGAGCAUUGUGGAAGAGAUCGACCUGUUACUUUCUUCCACAACCCCAUCAUCCCUCAUCCCAGCACUCGCCUCUGUUUUCGUCACACCCGAACUGCAGGCCAUUCCAUCGAGCACCUUGGAAACCAACGUGGGCGAUAACAAGCUGGAGACUACAAAAUUAUACUCAACCUCCAGCAUCACUGCCGCCAAGGAACAGCUAAACGUGGUUCAGAGCCUUGGGACAGCAGCCGUCGAAGAGUGGCUCAAGGGACUAGGCGCCCAGGGUAAAGAACACAGAAUUGAUGCAUCACGAUGGGAGAAGUGGGCAGCGGCUGGCGGUCUAGCGCAAAUGUGCCGGAGCGUGCAAACUAUGGGAAACGGGAGUAUUGAUGAACUGGCGCAAGACCAAGAUCACGAACCACGAAAGUCCCCUCAAACUUCUUUAGAGGACCGAGAUUCCGAAGGCCGCAGUAGGUCAGAUAAGACCCACGAAGAGGCUGCCGCGCGGAAGGCAUUACGGCGUGCUGAAAUCGAGCGGCGCGCAAUGUUACUCGACCCUCCUCUGCCACCCAACGUUGUUGUCCACAUGCCUUCUUUUCAAGCAGCCAUACAAAUCACGGCCGCCUUGGACGAGAAUGCGUGGAAUACGCUGAAGCCCAAAUUGCUGUCUCAACGAGCCGAUGCCGAGAGGAAUAUCAACAGGGGUCUUAUUGAAUCUCGGAGCUCCAGCAUUGAAACGAAGGUCGAGACAACAAGAGAAGUGACAGAUCAAGACUGGGACGAUAUCCAAGGUCCGGUACGAGCGCGAAUGUCAAAAUAUGCCGACGAGAUCAUCCGCGGUAGCUGGAAUAAGGGUCGCAAAGUCAACAAGGAGAAUAGCCCACGUUUUGCAGCGGGGGUCCUCCUAUCCGUGCGGUCAAGAUUCUACGCCGAUGUUGCGAAAGACGCUGCGGAUGCUAUCGCAGCAGGGCGGCAGCCUGUUGUUGAUCCCCAAGGUGGCCCCUUUACACAGAAGCUCACUCUGGAGAACAUGAAGUGGGUGUUUGAUAUGAAGAUCAAACAGCAUACCGAGUCGUAUAGGAAGGAGUUGUUUCUUUGCAAUGUCUCGGCAACAUUGUUGUUCACUGGAGAGCCGAAUGGCCAGAGCAGCCCAUCUUCAAACCCAACGGCCGAUCGACCAAAGGUUCUCAGCAAGCCGCAGGAAAGGGAACCGCCCAAGGUCAUGCGGCAACAGGACCCCGGCCACCUCAAGGUCAUGAUACUCUUAGUCGGAGUGGCAGUCUCCUACCUAGCCCUGUACACCGUUUUCCUUCUGACCAAGUUCCGCCCCUUUCCUAUCACGCACCACAAGCUGCCCCGUACAAUCCGUUACCAACAUACAGUACGGAUGCCAGCAUACCGCGUGCGCCCUACCUACCGCCGGACUUUGGGCCGUCUGGAGCCCCCCAAUUUUAUCCUGUGGCAUCUCCUAGCUUUGGACCCAUACUCUCUGGCCCACAAGAGCAACCUCCGAACAUGCUAG